CUGGCUCCCAAGAAGAAGAUCAGCCUCCGCCUCCAUUUUUGUAUUGCGGCAGACGCGUUAGCCCCGUUAGCAUAGGAGACUCCGAUUACUGAAAAGUAUAACAGUUGUUGUCGAUCCCAGACACUCAGAGUAACCGAGAUCACUGUUUUCUGCUAAUAUGUGGGAUGGACCUGGGCCUGGGCCUGGACCUAGACGACGGGGAGGACCUCAUUUUCGUGAUCAUCAUGAAGAAUAUGGGGGCAGGGACCGCCCCAUGCCUGACUACAGAGGUAGGGGUGGCAUGAACAUGGGGCCAAUGGGUCCAAGACAUUAUGAUAUGCCACCCAUGGAUAUGAGAAGGAUGGAUGGCCCACCCAUGAGGGGUUAUGACUUGGACCCCCGAGAUAUGUGGGGUCCAGGAGAUAGAGAUUUCUUUAGACAUGGUGAAGAACCAGAAUUUGCUUCUGGAAGACAGGUCGAGAUAAACUUUAAGGAGCGGUUUGUAUAUGCACCUGGUUUUGGAGAGCAUGGGAGAAUCCCUGAUGAUAUGGAUGGCAGAAAUAUGCCCCCGCGUGAACCAGGAGGCCGAUUUGGUGACAUGGACAGAGAAGGGAUUCCAUUUGACCGGCCUCCGUUUCACGGUGAAGGGAGAAGAGGAUUCCCCAUGGAGCGAAUGGACAGAAAUGAGAGAUUUCGAGAGGGGCGUGAUCGCUCACCCAUGGGCAUGCGCCACAGGGAAGACUUUGACAUGGACAUGCCUCCACCUGACAGGAGGCGACUGGACAUGGACCGACGCGGAGGGUCGCCCUUUAAUCCCAGAGGGGCAUUUGACUCUGACAUGGAUUUCAGAAACCGGCCUGGAUCGAUGUCUGACUUUAGAGGACGAGGCCAGUCUCCACCAAGGUUUGGAAAUGAUCCCACCCCUCAUGUCGACCGAAGAGGACCAGAGCUGGAUCCAGAGGACAGUGGUCCCCAAACCAAAGAAGAGCCCACUAUUGAUCAUGGAGGAGACAGUCCGCUAACAGACUACAGGUGUGGGGAGGAAAUGACUCUGGCUGAAGAAUGGAAAAACCGCAAGAAGGACAAAAAAACUUUUGACAUAAUUUCUAAAGGUUUUGUUGGUACAAAUGAACCUAAAUACCCUAGAGACUUUGGUAGGGAUGAAAAUAUUAGGGAUCCUUUGCAUUUGCAGGAAAGGGAUAUGAUGUCAAUGGAUUAUCCAACAAAAAAUAUUAAUUUCCCACAAAGAGAUAAUUUCUCCCCUAUGGAUUUACCUGGAAUAAAAGGCCCAUCAGAUUUUAUGCCUCCACUUAAUGACCCACUUGGUCGAGAAAGGGAAAAUAAACCUUGGCUUGAGGACAGGGAUCUUAAAUAUAGACAGCCACCAUCAAAUCUAGUGAAAACUCAACCUCCACAUCAAAUGCAUGAGCCACCUGGCAAUUUUGAAGAUGUAUCACACAGUCAAGCACCUCCCAGGAAGAAGAUGGAUGAGGACCAUGACCUGAGCAGCAGUAGCGGGCCCCCAAGAGACCAGGACUACAGGGACAUAGAUUAUCGAACAGCAUCAAGAGCCUUUGAUUUCAAACCUGACGUGCUUCCCACACCAGAUAAACUUAUUAAUGACAGUAAAACUGCUGAACCGGAAAGGUUUAUUGAGUCUGCGUCACAGGAUCAAGACUACAGGGGUGCAGUAUUUGAAGACCCGGUGUCCAAUACAGUGUCCAUCACUGGUAUUCCCAAGACUGCCGCCAUGGAACAGAUUUUGGGAGCCUUCACUUCUGAUGGCGUUUCACUUCAGAGAAUGAAGCUCAAGACGGUUGUUCCAGGUUACAGCUACGAUACUGCCAUUGUGGAGUUUUUAAACCUCGAGGAUGCAGUCCACAUCAUGGAGUCCAACAAGGGGUCCCUAAAGAUUGGCUCCAGUUCAGCGACUUUGAAGUUUGUUCAGCCAGAGGACUGUGGUAGAGGGGCUCAGGAAUCCGACCAUGGCUUUCCCCAUGAAUCCAAAUCACACUUGCCCAGACCCGUUGCCCCCCCAGAGGAGCUGAAGAGAGCUCUGAACGGCUCUGCUCCAGGACUGGCCCCAGACAGGAGCAGCUCAGAGCAGUGGCAGCGCAGCUCAGACCUGACUCCAGAGGCCUGGCAGCGGCAGGUGGACCAACAGCUCCAGCAGCAGGAAGAGCCCCCCCGAGAGCCAUGGUCCAGUCAGCAACCUCCACCACAACAUCCACCUCAACCAGACUAUGGAGAGAGCAAAACCCUGAUAAUAAAGUAUGUGAAGCCCACCACAACAGUAGAGACUAUUCUGAAAGCCUUGGAUCCUUAUGCCUAUCUAGAUGAAAGGAAUGUGCGCAUUGUUAAGGCUAAGACUGGAAACAAGUGCUUCUGCUUUGUUGACAUGGAAUCACAUGAGCAAGUGAAACGUCUUGUUGAGCUUCUGUCUAAACUCAGGCCGGUGUAUAUCGAUGGUUUCAGGGUUUAUGUUGAAAUUGCUAAACCUUUGAAAAAUCCUUCUCAGCCUAGCACAACAUGGCCACCACCAGCUCAACAGCCCCAGCAGCAGCCGCCAUUCAUGCCUCCUCCACAGUACAUGCCGCCCAUGCCUCCACCUGUCACUGCACCCACAGAUAUGCAAGGUGGAAUGAUGCCUGUCGCCCCAAAUCUGUCCCUGCCCAUAAACCCCAGCAUUAACCAGGGUCUUGGAUAUGUUGAGACUCCCGUUCAGGUGCCAAUUGAACCAGUCGCUAUACAGCCAACACAGACCCAUUUCUUUGUUCCAGAGGCUCCAGAUGUGACCAACUACCUGUAUGAUGCCACUUCUGGUUUUUACUAUGAUCCGGAGACAACUCUGUACUAUGAUCCCAACUCUAGAUAUUUCUACAAUGCUGAAACUCAGGAAUACCUUUACUGGGACCCUGCUCUGAAAGCCUACAUUCCGGUUCCUGGGGGGCAGUCUGCGGAGGGACUGACUGUAGGAGACCAGGCCAUUCUCUCCAACCCUGCAGCCGACGCCCCCCUGGAGAUGAAGAAGCCCCCUCCAAACCCCCAUAUAACUCACGUCCCACAUGUCCCCGUUGCACCUCAAACCGCACAAACCGCACAAACCGCACAAACCGCACAAACCGCACAAACCGCACAAACCGCACAAACUGCACAAACUGCACAAACUACUCACACUUCAUUCACAACGGAAGCUACACAUACUUCUUACUCCACACAAUCCACACACACCCCAAAUGUGCCACAUGUGCCAGUGUCUGCCCCCGUAGGACCCACUCCAGCCCCCACUGCCUCCCCGGAGCCCACCCCAGCACCUACACCCCCCGCUUCUGCACCCCCAACUGUGGACACGAAGGAGGACGAGGAGGCUAAAAAAGAUACCAAGGAGGAGAAGCCAAAAAGUCGUGCUGCAGUCAAGAUCAUGAAAGAUAUGGAGAGGUGGGCAAAAAUUCAGAAUCGUCAGAAGGACAGUGUCCGAACCCCCUCGCCUCAUGUGAGGGGUGAUGAUGACCGGAGGCAGUCCAAAUCUGCUGAUGCUGGUUUUGCAGUAUUUGAAAGAAAGAUAACGGGAGGUAGUGAGGAGCUGUUCAAGAUGCCCUUUGCUCCUGCUAAGAAAGAUGAGAAGUCAAAGCGUUCAAUGGGGUCGCUGGGGGCGCUCGUGUCAGACUAUGGAGCAGGAAGUGAUGAGGAGGUGGAGGACGACAAAGAUGAGCCCAAAUCUUCUAAAAACGCACAGCCCUCAGAGAAGGAGGACAGACUGACGGACUGGAAAAAGAUGGCCUGCUUACUGUGUAGGAGGCAGUUUCCCAACAAAGACGCACUCGUACGGCACCAGCAGCUGUCUGACCUACACAAACAAAACAUGGAGAUCCACCUCAAGAUCAAAAGAUCGAAGAGGGAGCUAGAGGCGCUGGAGAACCAGGAAAAACAGUUAAAUGCACAAGCAGCCACCAAAUCACCUGAACAGAGGAAAAGGAAACCACCACCACAGCAUCAGGAUGACUGGGCCAGCAGCUCCAGGGAAGCAAAGAGUCAGCUGAGUGAGAGACCUGGAUUAGGAGCUGAGCCUGCCCCCACACAAAAAAAGAAGAAAAAGCAACGUGUGUUCACCCAUGCCGAAUAUAAACAAGCUGUACGCAACGCCAUGUUUGCCCGGUAUAAGGAACUGGACUGAUGCACCAGCUCGCAUUGCCAAAGUGACUCUACCACAGUACAUUUACAAUGCAUACUAUGAACUGCCAUUGCACCUAGAUGAGCAAAACUGACUUCUCCACCAAUUCAGAAUGGAAUUGCAUCAAAUUAAAUUGAUGUGUAGCCAAUAAGUGCUGCAUGGACUGAAAUAGUGUUUUAAAUUUUGUUAGAAAUUCUGUACAGAAAGUGUCAAUGACAUAAAAUGUCUUUAUUUUGCAAUCCUCAUGGAAUUGUGUCCAGUGUUUUUCAUAUGGUCCUGUAUCUGUAGUCUGGUUAUUGUUAUUAUAUUGUAUUUUUAUUUUAGACUUGAAUGUUUUUUUUAUUGUGUCUUUCAUUUCAGGGCUCUGAAAAAAAAAAACACUUUUUAAGUAAACAAAACUUAUUAUA